AUGUUUCGAGAACAGGAGAAUACCCAUGGCUAUCUACCAGAAUAUCUCGUCCGUUCGAUCAAGGCAAACCCAGAGCAUGAAUGGGCUGUCCAUCAGUAUCUGGAAGCAAGCGAGAGGCUCAUACAGGUCGCUGGAGAAAAUGCCGAUGUGCACUUCUACUUCUUUCAGCAAUACAUCGAAAACCCAUCGAAUAUACAGCCUACAAAUCAUUUGCAAGACACUCUAUUAGCAGAACCCCACCAAGAACAACAAGACAUCCUGUCUGUGGACCCGAAAAUGAUACAGAAACGAAACAUCCCUCUAGACGAAGCCCUUCCAAGCGAGUCCAUCGAAAUGUCUGAUUAUCUAGACCUGGAUAUGUUCAAAGACGGCUUCGCCGACGAGACUCCAGUAUAUCCUACGAAUACCACCAGCGGUGCCUCGUUCCGUCUUACAGAAGGCUCUGAGUCUGAGUACCCAGCGACAUCCCUACCGAGUUCUGCUGGAUUAAUAAACAGUCCCUGGGAGAAUACUAAGGAGACAACAACACUGGCUGAUGCGCAACAAACCGUGGAGGAUGUCGCCAACAAAGAUGACAAUCCCCCUUUGCAAGCCCACCAGAAUACUUCCCAGACCCGAGAUCAUGCCAAGGUCAAGGAGAAUGGGCUCACACCAUCUGGCUAUCCAGCUAAGAAAAUCCAUACUGCGGAAGGAUUGACAAAGCCCAGAAAGAGGAAAUUAUCUAUAAGAAGUAAAAAAGCAGAGUAUCGACAGUCCGCUCACUCUAUGUCCGGUCAGCGCCUGUUAAAGCCAAAAUCCCCGGGUAUAAACAACACAGACUCUGUGGUUACGACGCAGAAGCAUGACUGUCCUUAUUGGAUGAAAAUCAAUAGCAGUUACGCUCCGAUGUGGUUUCUGUUUGGGCCUGGUCACGAUAAAGCGUUGACCGAAGAUAACUUCAAGGACAUAUUCAAACUAGUCACAGACAUCACUGGACAUGACCAGGCAAGAUUCUUGGAGAUCCAAAGCAAUCUAUGGCAAACAAAUCGCUUCUGGAAUCCCGAUCCCCUGUGUUUUCCUGUAACAGAAAAUCUUUCGAUUGUUAGAUUAUGUCUUUCUUUCUUUCACUAUCUUCAAAAUCUUGGAGAGGGAACUAUGAUUGAUGCGGUUCGAGGUCGAUUUGCGCGGAUCCGAUUACAUUUAUCUUUUAACCGGCUAUUUAAUGAAGAAUAUCAGCAAAGACCCGCCGAUCACAAGCGAUCUCCGAAUAAACGCGAAGUUGCAAGCCAUGUCAUCAAUGAUCUUGUAAAUGUUGAACAGUACCAGGAAGAUUCUUUAAAAGAGAAAGACCGGCAGAAGUUUAAAACCCACAAGACUCACGGGAAAAAGUGGUUCCUUAUCGCUCACUACAUCGGAUGGGGCGCGCUCAUCAUUUGGGAUAAUGACAACUCUAAAAUCGGUAAAAUGAGUUACACUAUGUUAAAGGCCUUCAUCACCUAUAUCGUAAACGCCCGCCCUGACAUUGUAGCUUUGUGUCGAGAAUAUGAGGGGCCUGUCAAAGCUCUUUUAGCUGGCAAAAAUCCCACUCACAUCUUGAGACAGGAAGAUGUUAGGGAGACCAUUCGUCGGGUGUCCCAAGAAGCUCCCUCAUCGUCCUGGAAGAAAGUUGACGUAGAUACUGAAGUGGAUGAGUCAGAUUUUAUCUAUAGUGGUUAG